GCGGCGCGCGACGAGCGGAGCGGAGCGGGACGGGACGGGACGGCGCAGCAUGGCAGCGAGCACUGGCGGCAGCGGGACGGCGGCAGCGGCGGCGGAGCCGGCGCACGCGGUGUCUCUGCUGCGGGGGCUGAGCGCGCUGCGGGCCGAGCGCAGCCUGCUCGACGUGACGGUGGUGGCGGGCGGCCGGGAGUUCGGGGCGCACCGCGCCGUCCUGGCCGCUGCCUCUGGCUACUUCCGCGCCAUGUUCGGCGGCGCGCUGCGGGAGGCGCGGGCCGAGCGCGUGCGGCUGCACGGCGUGGAGCCCGAGUGCCUGGCGCGCCUCCUCGACUUCGCCUACACCGGCCGCGUGGGCGGGCUGGGCCCCGACAUCGCCGAGCGCCUGCUGCGUGCCGCCGACCUGCUGCAGUUCCCCGCCGUCAAGGAGGCCUGCGGCGCCUGGCUGGCGCGCCAGCUGGAGCCCGCCAACGCCCUGGACAUGCAGGACUUCGCUGAGGCCUUUGCCUGCCCGGCGCUGGCGGACGCUGCCCACCGCUUCAUCCUGCGGCACGUGGGCGAGCUGGGCGCCCAGCUGGAGCGGCUGCCGCUGCCGCGCCUGCUCACCUACCUGCGGGACGACGGGCUCUGCAUCCCCAAGGAGGAGGCCGCCUUCCAGCUGGCGCUGCGCUGGGUGCGCGCCGACCCAGCCGCCCGCGCCCCGCUGCUGCCGCAGCUCCUGGCCCACGUCCGCCUGCCCUUCGUGCGCCGCUUCUACCUCCUGGCCUACGUGGAGAGCGAGCCGCUGGUGGCCCGCUGCCCGCCCUGCCUGCACCUCCUGCGCGAGGCGCGCGACUUCCAGGCCGCCCGCCUCGACCGCCACGACCGGGGACCCUGUGCCCGCAUGCGGCCCCGGCCCUCCACCGGCCUGGCCGAGAUCCUCGUCCUCGUGGGCGGCUGCGACCGCGACUGCGACGAGCUCGUCACCGUUGACUGCUACAACCCGCGCACGGGCCACUGGCGCUACCUGGCUGAGUUCCCCGAGCACCUGGGCGGGGGCUACAGCGUCGCCGCGCUGGGCAACGACAUCUACGUCAGCGGGGGAUCGGACGGGUCGAGGCUGUACGACUGCGUCUGGAGGUACAACUCCAGCGUGAACGAAUGGACUGAGGUGUCUCCCAUGCUGAAAGCCAGAGAGUACCACAGCUCCACGGUCCUGGACGGGCUGCUGUACGUCAUCGCCUCCGACAGCACGGAGCGCUACGACCACUCAGUGGACAGCUGGGAGGCUCUGCAGCCCAUGCUGUACCCCAUGGACAACUGCUCCACCACCUCCUGCCGUGGCAAGCUCUUCGCCAUAGGCUCCCUGGCUGGCAAAGAGUCCAUGGUUAUGCAGUGCUAUGACCCUGACAGUGACCUCUGGUCCCUGGUGAACUGUGGCCACCUGCCUCCCUGGUCCUUCGCCCCAAAGACCGUCACACUGAACGGGCUCAUGUACUUCAUCAGAGACGACUCAGCUGAAGUGGAUGUUUACAAUCCAGCGAAGAAUGAGUGGGAUAAAAUCCCCGCCAUGCUUCAGGUUCACGUUGGGGGGAGUGUGGCUGUGCUGGGUGGGAAGCUCUAUGUGUCUGGUGGCUAUGACAACACGUUCGAGCUGUCGGACGUGCUGGAAGCCUACGACCCCGAGACACGGACCUGGAGCGUGGUGGGCCGCCUCCCUGAGCCCAUCUUCUGGCACGGCAGCGUCAGCAUCUUCCGGCAGUUCAUGCCAGAAACCGUGCAGGAGGACGAGGGCGUCACACUGGACAACACCAUCAACUUGAACAGGCAGCACCAAGACCUUCACAACCAGAACCUUAAUGAGCUUCGUUAGCAGAGGCGGGCGCUGCCCCCGGCUCAACACAACGUCACCCAGAACCAGUGUUGCUUUCAGAGGAGGCAGAGGCAAACCGGUGCUUGGAAACACACAUACUGCUGGUAGAGUGAAAAGUGUGCGUGUUUGCAGUUCUGCUGUCCCACAACCCCUCUCAGGGUGGGAGAGGGAACCAUCUGCCCAGAGGAGACGGAGACUCUGGGGAGGGCGACUGCAUUUAAUGUCACCACAGCUUGUGGCUUUUGGUCAGACACCUUUCAUUGGGAGCUCCCUCACCCCAUAAUGCUUCAUUUGACACCAAACUUCUUUCUUCAGCUUCUUUUUCAGGAGGGGUCUGGACCCCCAUCUCUGUUUUGUGCCUCAGAGGGAGACAAACCUCUGGUGCCUCUCUCUCUCUGUGGUUAGAGGGCAAAAAGCCAAGAGCUGGAGGCCUGUGAGGGGUGAGAGGUUGAUAAAGAGUGUAGCCUUCCUGCCCUGUCAUCGUGGUCCUGGUUCCCACUCAUGGUCUCAGGAGGAACAGAGGACUUGUAGCAGGGAUCUUGCUGAGGAUGGGUUGUGAGGCUUCACCUUUCCCGUCAUCUGGACUUCAGUUCUUCAUGUAUUUUGUUGGGAGUUUUGAAGUUGCAGCAUUUAAACUUGUGCAGGUAUUUGUUCUCCAGCCCUUCCUGGCAGAGCACUUUUUCCUUCUAAGAAGAUCUACCUUUAUUUAUCUUUGUUGCAUUCUCACAGAUAGUUUUACCCCUGAGCACCCCACUGCACCCUGCUGUAAGGGCGAGCAGCGAGUCAUCUCCGAGCUGCAGCGAGGAGCGUGCUGGGGCUGCCGCUGUCCCUGCGGGCUGGUGGGGCACGGAAAGCUGCUGCCUGUGCCGAGUGCCACGUGCUGUUGGCUCUGCUGGGCCAGCACUGGCUUGGGCACAGGCCCCAUUUUUUAUUUCUUCACCAUUUUCAAGGCACCAAGUUGGCGCUGAACUGCUUCAGGACAAAAAGCCUCACCGGGAAGCCUUGGUGAGGCCGGGGAAGCGCCAGCAGCCUGUCAAUGCGCUGGUGCAGAAGUGCUCCAGAGCACAGUGCUCUGCAGGGAGGGGAGCAGGGGCCUUGUGCCUGUGGCUCCUCUGGUUUGCAGGACCUCUUGGGAUCUGGGCAUGGUGGAAGUGCCACCCAGGUGCUGUGGAAGUCUAGGCGUUAGCCAGAGGGGUGCAGAUUGGAAUGUAGAUGCUUUAGAGGGUUUUUUUCUUGCUGUUUAGGUUUGGUAUUUUUUUGGCUUGUAUAAGAUUUGCCUUUAUCCUCGCCCAAGUGACCUACCCAGCUCAGGCUGCGUCUCCCCCGCCAGCCUGAGCGCAGGAGCAGCUGCCUGCGCGGUUCCCUGCUGCAGCGGUUCCUGAGCAAGCCAGCAGCCACAGCUCGUCAGGGCCCGCCUGGAGCAUCCUCACAGCUCCAUGGUGUGACACGGGCUGCUGCCUCAGCCGGAUGCCUUCGCUUUUCCAUCUUCUGCUUUUAACCAGUAGGGAGAAAAAUGAACUGUAACUGAAUUGAGAGACAGCGCAGCCCGUGAGCCUGCCUGCACGCCUCGGGUCGAGCCCCAGCCCCACCACCGGUUUGCCUGGGAUGCUCGUUGUGCUGCGCAGCCGCAGCUGGGGACGCAGGUCCCGAGGCCUGGGCCCUUCACUGAGCCCAGAGCUCUGUCAGUGCCUUGCCAGCACUGGCGCGCAGGGGCCUCGUCCGGGGGCCUCAGCCUCGGCUCCGAACCCUCGCGGUGCUGCUGUGGGGCGCGGCGGGGCCCCCGGGCCUGGGACAGCUCCUGGGUCCCGGCAGCCACGGCCUCGUGGCCCCUGACAGAGCUGUAUUUAUUUUUUGUACAAUUCAUUGUGUUCAAAUCUUGGAGGAGAGUUGGAAUUCCAUCCUUUGAAACAAAGGCCUUUUCCAUUUACAGAUUGUGUAUUUUUAUUCUCAGUUGGUUUCUAAGUGUACUUGCAGCAAUCAAAUUAAACCUGUCACAGAAA